AUAAAAAUGAAAAUAAAAGUACAAUAAUAAAAACGAAAACCAACGCUACGCAGCUAUCGUCCUUGCCACGGAAAUGUCAAAGUGCAUAGCUAUUUCCGACGCUGUAUCCGAUUGUGCCAAGUGUAUAUCUAAGUUUGUGUGUAUGUACAUAUUUGUUUACCACAAUCAGCAAAAAAAAUUGUCAACCAACGCAACAAAAGUGUCAGUGAAUUAGUUGACGCAGUGCAGAAUUCUGUUGCACAACAGUGUGAAAAGUUACAAAAUCAAUAGAUUGCAAAACAAAAUUUCUAUCUAACGAACCCACAAAUUCUGCCACCCUCUUGCGAAAUACAGUACAACUUUUUGCGAAAGCCAUUCAACCUCCGCCUUCACAGCGUUUGUUAGCCCAGCGGCUUUGUAUGGCAGCAUUGUUAUGCUCUUCUAAGAAUCUAUAUAUGUUCAUACAUAUGUACAUACCCGCAUACAUAACUAAGUUAAGCUGUCGCACUUGUUAUAACAAACACAAAAAUCGGUGUUAAAACAACAACUAAAUACAGCAAGUGAACUCAAAUAGCAACACUCGAAAAAUGUCUACAACAAUGCAGCAGCAACAGCAGCAGCAGCCGAGUCCAAACGACGCAGACACUUCGCCCAGCAUUCACAUAUUCAACCACCCCAACAGUCACAAUGCCAACAACACUAACAUCAAAAAUGAUGCCGCCAACCUCGCAAUCGCCGCCAACGUGAUACUAGUGGGUGGCGAUAACAUUGUUGCUAACGGCACUUGUGCGACCGAACAGUCACAGCAGGCAGGUCAAACACUAAUUAUUAAUUCGCAGCAACUGUUACACGAACAGCAGGAUAUUCCGGCAACGGAUAGUGGUCGCGCUUCGGUAAAUGAAUUCGAUACAACAUUGGAAGAAUCAUUGCCGGCAACUGUAUUGGAAAUUACAGCCGCAGAUGAUAGUGGUUCCGGUGCAACAGCAAUAGCGACCGCAGCCAACUCGAAAGAUGUGGAAAUUCCAGCAACUAUUGUCGCGGUUGUUGCAGGCGAUGUGCAACCAAAAAACAAGAAACAUUGCAGUACAACGGAUUUUUACGCAAGUAGCGGUUCACAAACCAAAUGGUAUUUACCACCAAUGGAAAUUUGUGCCGAUAGUGCCAGUUAUAUUGUUACAUCGGCACAGCCAAGCAUUGCUGUCAACAAUGUUGUUAUCAUAUCUACAUCUGGCGGUACGGAAACAAGUCAAUUUUCGCCAAAGCCAACGACAGUUGAUGCAGGCGCAGUCGUCGUGAGCAGUGAUGUUGCUGAUGAAACUUCACCCAGAGCCACAAAUCCAUCUACAUUACCAAAAGUUAAUGACGCGAAAAGCAGUACUUCGACGAAUUUGUUACUUAAUUGA